GGUGGGGGCUCAGUAUAUCUACCCCUUGUUUUGAAUCCUACUCCAUCAUAAAGCAUCAAGGUCUCUGCAUCCAUCUAAAGACAAAUGGCACCCAAGAAAGCAAAGAAGAGAGCAGAAGGAGCCAGCUCCAAUGUGUUCUCUAUGUUUGAGCAGGCCCAGAUCCAGGAGUUCAAAGAAGCUUUUACCAUCAUGGACCAAAACAGAGACGGGUUUAUCGACAAGAAUGAUCUACGAGACACUUUUGCAGCUUUAGGGCGUUUAAAUGUCAAGCAAGAGGAGCUUGAUGAGAUGCUGAAGGAAGCACCAGGACCCAUUAAUUUCACAGUGUUUCUCACCAUGUUUGGAGAGAAACUAAAAGGUGCUGAUGCAGAGGAGACCAUCCUAAACGCUUUUAAGGUGUUCGAUCCCGAGGGAAAAGGGACAUUGAAGAAAGACUUUGUGACAGAGAUGCUGACGACACAGGCAGACAGGUUCUCCAGGGAAGAGAUGGACCAGAUGUUUGAGGCGUUUCCACCAGAUGUGGCAGGAAACCUAGAUUACAAGAACCUGGUCUACGUCAUCACACACGGAGAAGAGAAAGACCAGGAAUAGACAUUUUAAACAAUGUUUGUUUUUACAUGCCUGCAUGUGCAUGAAUAUAGAGAUGCAGCUAAGACAGAUAGCUAAGACAACAUAUACAUGUUACAGCUUCAGUCAUUACAUACUGUAUGCAUUACAACAUGUAAAUAAUCCUGGAGUGUGUAUGAAUAUAUCCAUAUAUAUGUUUUUGCACUAGUUGUGUUUACCACGUUAUAUAUAAAAUUAAAGACCUAUGAAAACAGCAGAAAAGAAUGUUCAGACUGAUCUGAUAUUGAAUCCUAUGAGAUAUUUUGCUGAUAGUUGGAUUUGUGGAGCUGUGAAGUUCAGAUGAUUAGUGUGCGAUUGUAAGAGAUCUAGAGGUUAAAUAAAUGGGCCUCAGAGGACAUCUUCUAAUCUCAGGCUGGAAAACAACAUUUUAGACUUAUUUCCACAUACCCCCAGGGAGACAGAUUUGGUGUGGCUUUACUUCUCAUA